UCGCAGCUCUUGUGUUUCCGACUGAAGGAGCUUAAAGACGUGUUGGGUCAUCUAGGUCUCUCAAAAUCCGGCAAAAAGCAGGUGCUAGUGGGUCGAAUCGAAGCGCUCUUAUCAUCACCAUCUGUCCCCUUCAACGGCCGCGUGCCCACCAUCACUCCCACGCAAGUAGCCGAGUUCAUUCAAGACACGUACAGGCGUGCGUUCCUGCUUAUUCGCCCCACCCACCCCCUUCCGUUCUUAUCUUAUCCCCUUCAGGUCGCUGCGAAGCUCUGGGGCGCAGGGGGACACGCCAAUCACCUCGCCAGUGUAGCCUCAGACGAGGGCAAAGGAGAUGCCUUGCGUUCCUCCCGUCAUUCUGUCCCCGUCCAUCCCCCAUCCUCCCAUGCUCAAUGCUUCGGAACCCCUCGCAGGUCGCUGCGAAGCACGGGGCAGCAGGUUGACACGCCAGUCACCUCGCCAGUGCAGCCGCAGCGGAUGGGAAAGGAGAUGCCUUGCGUUCCUCUCAUUAUUCUGUCCCCGUCCAUCCCCCAUCCUCCCACGGCCGAUUCUUGGGAACCCCUCUUGGUUGCUGCGAAGCACUGGGCAGCAGGUGGACACGCCCGUCGCCUCCCUGGUGCAGCCGCAGUGAAGGGGAAAGUGGAGGCCUUGCGUUCCUCCCAUCAUUCUGUCCCCGUCCAUCCCCCAUCCUCCCAUGGUCAAUGCUUUGGAACCCCUCUUGGUCGCUGCGAAGCACUGGGCAGCAGGUGGACAUGCCCGUCGCCUCGCGGUGCAGCCACAGUGAAGAUGAGAAGAGAUGCCUUGUUCCGUUCUCAUAUUGUCCGCUAUUCCCUCAUGUUCAAUGCCUUGGAACCUUAUUGCAGGUCGCUGCGAAGCACGGGGCAGCAGGUUGACACGCCCGUCGCCUCCCCAGUGCAGCCUCAGAGGAGGCGCGAGGAGAGGGCGGAUAGGGUUGGGGGGGAGGGCGCGGAGAGGGGGGACGGAGGAGCAGAGGCGGCUGCGAGGGCGGAGACAGCUGCUAGGGUAGAGACAGUUGGUAGGGCUGAGGUGGGAGCAGGGGAAGACGGGAACAUGGCUCCUGAUGGAAGCUUCGCUUCCCCGCAGCAGCAGCAGCAGCAACACCACCACCACCACCAGCAGCAGCACCAGCACCAGCAACAGCAGCAGCAGCAGCAAAGUAGACAUGGGCAUGGGCAUGGGUCGUCUAGGGGAGUAAAGACAGAACCAGGGGGGGGAGGGAGGUCUAGUAAGAGGGCAUUGGGAAGGGGUGAUGUGUAUGGGCAGCAGCAGCAGCAGCAGGUGGAGGCGAUCCGGUGUGUUUGCCUACGGAACUUUGACAACGGGAAGACUAUGAUCCAGUGCGAGGGCCAGGGCUGCGGGGUGUGGCAGCAUGUGAAAUGCGUCAUUCUGCCAGAGAACCCGCCUCUCACGGGAGAUUCCUCGGCAGCGCCCCAGCCCGACCCCCCCCUCCCGGAACACCACUACUGCGAGCUCUGCCGCAUGGCCCGAGGAGAUCCAUUUUCUGUCCCUGUGGCCAAUCCGAUGCCGCCAACUGCGCUCAUUCGCCUGCCCGGAGACAACAACCAGGUGCUGCAGCGCCUGGAGCACAAUUUUACUCUCACCCCGCACGAUCUCUCGUUGCUCAGGCGGCCACACCACUACCUUCAGGUGUGGUGUGUGCUAUUAAACGACAAGACCGCCAACCGCAUGCACUGGCCCGCAUACCCACAGCUGCAAAUCAACAGUCGCAGUGUGCGGGUCACCAACAGGCCCGGGCAGCAGCUGCUGGGAGCCAAUGGCCGCGAUGACGGGCCCUCGAUAGCGGAGGCGUGCCAUGCGGGAGACAACCACGUGGCUAUGGCUGCCAUUGAUAAGCGCCCCUUCUGCAUUGGUGUGCGCAUCAUCCGCAAACGAUCCUUUGACGAGGUCAUGGCCAUGAUUCCGCCACUGGACGUGGGGGAGUCACUCGAAUCCGCUCUUGCUCGCGUGAAACGCUGUGUGGGGGGAGGAGGGGGCGGAGGGGGAAGUGGAAAAGGAGGGGCAGGCGGUGGUGGUGGUGGUGGUGGUGCAGAUGGUGGUGGGGGUGGGGGUGGGGGUGGGGCGAAGCCUGCAGUGUCUUCGGACAGCAGUGGCAGCAGCGAUCUGAUUGUGAUGCAGGACCAUGUGACGCUCAACCUGCGCUGCCCUAUGAGCGGCUCGCGCAUUCGCGAGGCGGGGCGGUUCAGGGAGUGUGCGCACAUGGGGUGCUUCGACCUGCACACAUUCAUUGAGAUUAACCAACGCGCUCGCAAGUGGCAAUGUCCGGUGUGCAUGAAGCUCUACGCGCUCGACUCACUCAUCAUCGAUCCCUUCUUCCACCGCGUCUGUGAGGAGAUGGCUCAGUAUGACAGGGCAGGAGUGCGUGGAGGGAGUGGGGCGAACUGGUUCGGGGAUCGGGGAGGGGAGGAUAACCCGAUCGAUUUGAGUGAUAGUGAGGGGGAGGAGGAGUUACCAGCAACGAAUGCUGUUUUGGGAAGAGCAGCACUGAAUAGCUCUGCUCAGCAGCAGGAGUGGCAGCAGCAGCAGGAGCGGCAGCAGGGGCAGGGGCAGAGGCAGCAGCAGGGGCAACGAGCAGAUGUGAACGCAUUGCUAGAUGUGUGGAGGGACGACCAAAGGGUCGAGCCAGCGAGCACAUUCGACCGCACGUAUGGUGCAGGUGAGAGAGCAGACACGUAUGGCGCUGCUGGCGCUGCUGCUGGUGCUGGUAGUGGGCCUUCGAGAGUCAACACCCCCACUCUUGAUUUCAUCACGGAUUUUCUCCUUGAGGCAGAUGGUGUCGGGGCAGGAGGAGCAGGAGGUAAAGGAAUGGGAGGAGGAGGAGGAGGAGGAGGUGGAGCGGGGGAGAGUGAAAGGGGGUUCGGGAGUGAAGCAGCAGCAGAAGCAGCACGGGGAGGGAGGGAUGGUGGGAGAGGGGAGGGAGGGAGAGGCAGGGAGGAGAGUGGGGCGUUUCAGCUGAACCUGGGUCUGGCGUCAGAAGGGGUGGGGGAGGGGCGCACUGGAGGGGCAUCCGCAGCGCCAGCAGGAGUGGCAGCGGGAGGGGUGAGUGGCGAGUUUGCCUCGCCUCCCCCACCGGACGUGCAAUGGGUCACACCGUCUCUCUCAGCUGCUGCCACUGCUCAUUUGGCCAGGGGAAGAGCUGCAGCAGGAGCAGCAGCAGGAGCAGCAAGGCCGAGUGGGUCCCAGCACAAGCAGCACUCCCAUUCUCGGCCGUCUGCCCGCCCGCCUGCUUCUCUAAGAGCAGCUUCGUUACAGUCCCCUCCUUCCACCAACCGUCUCUGA